UUUUUAUACGGUUGAUCUCAAUUGUUCCUCGUGUUGAAAUAUUGUCAUGCCUAAGUCUCGAAGAAAUAAAGUUAUUUCUCUAAGUAAAACAACAAAGAAAGAAUUUCAAACUAAAAAAAGUCUUGUUGAUGAGAUUCGUAAGUGCUGUGAUGAGUAUACAUCUCUUUAUGUAUUUUCCGUUGAAAACAUGAGGAACGAUAAGCUCAAAGACGUUCGACAAAAGUGGAAAACGAGUCGUUUUUUUUAUGGAAAAAACAAAGUAAUGGCUUUUGGUUUAGGGAGAACUAAAGAAAUUGAAUAUAAAGAAAAUUUACACAAAAUAUCAUCGGAGCUCGUAGGUAAUGUUGGAAUCAUGUUUACAAACGAGUCACAACAAGUUGUGAAAGAAUGGUUUGAAAAAUUUUCAGAAGUUGAUUACGCCCGAUCAGGAAAUACAGCUACACAAACCGUUACGAUACCAGAAGGACCUCUUGAUGAAAAUUCAUUUCAGUACACAAUGGAACCUGUACUGAGAGCCCUUGGUUUACCAGUUAUUCUUCAAAAAGGUGUGAUUCACCUCACUCAAGAAUAUACAGUCUGCAAAGAGGGAGAUACACUUUCGCCUGAGCAAUGUAAAGUUUUGAAACUUUUUUCAUAUCCUUUAGCAGUAUUCCAUAUUACAUUAAAAUGUGUUUGGCAUUCAACAGGACAAUUUGAAUUGUUUAACACUGAAAAUGAAUAAUCUUUUUGCUUUAAAAAGAACUUUU